UGACUGCAUUUAACGCUUCAAGCUUUGACUUCCAUCUGCUCUUGUCCGCCUUUCGUUUGAUAGACCUACUGUGAUAUGUUUUCAUAACUUACUUCUUCUCGUCCUCUCGAUGGAAGAUGGCGCAAUAGGGACCUAAUACUGUGACACGGCCAGCCCCCAAAAGCUCUAUCAGCAACCUGGGGGAUGUACUUUGAAACAUCGAGAAGGUCCUGGAUUCGUUCGGAAUCACCGACGCAAACUGGGGUCCCGGGAGUCGAGUCCGGUCCAGUCAUCAAUGCACCAAUCUUCAACCUUCAAUCAACUCUAGCAUUCGGUUAAUACUGCAAAGCCUCUGCAGAGAAAAACGUUCUGUGUUCCACGACGAGAAGGGAGAGGCGGUGCAUCGCCACCGGAAAUCCUGUGUCGGAGCACCGGAUACCGCCGGACACCCGACCGGCAGUUUUCUCCUGGUAUUUUGCCAGCACUUAUUCUCCAACCACGUCUUUACUGCAAGGGCUUGAGAGGAUCCUCAACGUCGACGUCGACAGCACUCCAGUAGGAUGUGUUUACAAGUCUUUACCGACGUUCAUUAAUGCGCAUCCGUCACUCACAAUGCUCCUCAUUGCAUUCCGCCACAUAUUUCACCGCCAAAAGCAUUGCUGUUGAGCUCAAACCAACCAUGACUUCAAUUUUCAGCGCACCUCGUCGACUGUACACGGCAUUCCAUCCUCCACAAAGCAGUCCAAGAACCGAUGAUAGCAAAUCAGUCAAGUUUGGAAUACUCGGCGCAGCUGAUUGCACCUCUAGCGUUGAUUAUACCCGCGAAGAAUCAUCCUGAAGUUGAGGUCUUUGCAGUUGCAGCGAGAGAUAUUAAGAAGGUGAAGGCGUUUGCGAAGAAACAAGGGGUACCCAAAGCAUAUGAAGGGUAUCAAGCGCUCUUGGACGACCCCGAAGUCGAAGCUGUUUAUAAUCCCCUUCCGAAUGGGCUCCAUUUUGAGUGGACGAUGAAAGCUUUAACAGCGGGAAAACACGUUUUAUUAGAGAAGCCAUCUUCGAACACGGCGGACGAGACACGUCGAAUGUUCGAAUUUGCAGAGAGUAAAGGGUUGAUUCUUUUGGAAGCUUUUCACUAUAGAUUCCAUCCUGCGAUACACAGAACCAAGGCCAUCAUUGAAAGCGGAGAACUUGGUGCCAUUAGGAACAUUCGAGUGGAAAACAUGGCACCUAUUCCUUGGAGCGACGAUGAUAUCCGAUAUAACUAUGAUCUGGGUGGAGGAGCUCUUAUGGACAUGGGAUGCUAUACAAUCAGCUGCAUGCGAUAUCUAGCAGGCACCAAUCCGACAGAAGUCCUCACCUCGACCUACGAGCCGCACAAACCCAAGUCGGCGCCGUCGAAUUACGAAUCCAAGGUUGACAGGAUGACAACUGCUACGCUUUCUUUCCCCAAUGAUGUCACAGGAACUAUAUGUACCGACUUGUCGAUGCCUCUGAGAUUUAAAAUCAUUCCUCCCAUGCCACGAGUCAGUGCGGUAGUCGAAUGUGAACAGGGUAGUGUGGAGUUGUUCAACUUCCCUCUACCGACUAUAUACCAUUCCAUUACCGUUACGAAGCGGGAAGGGAAGAAGACGAAGACGCGGACGGAGAGGGUGUACAAGCCUUCGGAUGCUGGGAUGGAAUACAAGGGAGAAGAUUGGUGGUUGACUUAUCGUUAUCAGUUAGAGGCGUUUGUGGAUCGUUUGAAAGGGAGGGAGCCACAGACGUGGGUUGAUAAGGAGGAUAGUGUUGCAAUGAUGGAAUGGAUUGAAAAGGUGUAUGAAAAGAAUGGACUUGGUGUUCGACCCAAGUCGACCUAUACUCCUUGAAACAAUGUUCCUCGAUGUUUUGAAGUUAAACUUACGUUUCAUCUGUCCUUUUCACAAUCGGGUGUUAUUCUUCUGGGGUCUUAUCAUAACCCUGUUCGUUGAUCAAACUGGCGUUAUCGUGUCUUGAAUCUUCUUUCGUUUCUCGUCAUGGAGGUGUGUCGAGCCCGUAGUACUUGAGCUGAGCGGGAGGCGAAGGCGUGGCAGGUAUUUUGAAAGACAACACUCGCGGAGCGAUUUAAUGAAACCCAUGAGUGCUUGAGUACUUACUGC